CACUCCAACAUUAACCCUUCACAAGACAAAACCAACACUAUCUCUCUGCUCACCUCACUUCUUAACUCAACCAUGGCUACUCUAACCAAACGCUCUCAACUUCUCCUGUUACUUGUUUCAUGCCACCUCUACUUCCACUCCGGCACCGCCGGUGCCAGCUACUCCAUCGGCGUCAACUACGGAGCCCUCGCCAAUAACCUCCAGCCACCUCAGCAAGUCGCCAACUUCCUUAAAACCCAAACCACCAUUGACCGCGUUAAACUCUUCGACGCAAAUCCCGAUUUCCUACGCGCCUUCGCCAACACUAACAUUUCCGUCACCGUUACGAUCGGUAACGGCGACAUCCCUGCUCUCGCCAAACUGCCGGCCGCGCAGUCCUGGAUCGCGAAUAACAUUCUACCACAUCACCCUCAAACAAUCAUCAGAUAUAUAACCGUUGGUAACGAAGUCUUGGCCACUUCAGACAAAAACCUAAUUGCUCAUCUUUUGCCUUGUAUGAGAGCUCUAAAAUCAGCUCUCGAUCUGGCGAAGGUGAGUAGUAUUCAAGUGACUACGCCUCAUUCGCUGGGUAUUUUAUCGGCUUCUGAGCCACCAAGUGUGGGAAGAUUUCGAAAGGGUUAUGAUAAGGCUGUGUUCGCUAAGAUACUCGACUUUCAUAAUCAGACCAAAUCGCCUUUUAUGGUUAACCCGUACCCGUAUUUUGGUUUUAAGCCGCAGACGCUAAACUAUGCUUUGUUUAAGCCAAACGCUGGCGUUUUUGAUCCAGCGACGGGGAAAAAUUACACUAACAUGUUUGAUGCGCAGCUUGACGCAGUUUACUCGGCAAUGAAGAAGGUCGGUUAUGGUGAUGUGGAUAUUGUAGUGGGAGAGACCGGUUGGCCGUCGGCGGGUGAGCCGAACCAACCGGAUUCGAAUUUACAGAACGCGCUGUCGUAUAAUGGCAACCUUGUGAAGCACGUGAACUCUGGUAAAGGGACGCCUCUCAUGCCUAAUCGGAUAUUUGAGGUUUACAUUUUUGCUUUGUUCAAUGAGAAUCUGAAACCGUCUAUCUCGGAACAGAAUUUCGGGUUAUUUAAACCCGACUUCACUCCGGUUUACGAUGUGGGCAUUUUGCGGGGUAAGCAGGCACAAAGUCCCACCUCACCAUCUGCACAACCACCAUCAACGGCCAUGAAAUGGUGCGUACCGAAAUCAGACGCCACUGAUGCGCAGCUACAGGCGAACAUUGACUACGUGUGCGGUACUGGAGUGGAGUGCAGGCCUAUACAGGCUGGUGGGGACUGCUUUAAUCCGAACAACGUGCGGUCACAUGCAUCAUAUGCGAUGAACGCAUACUAUCAGGCCAACGGACGACAUGAUUACAACUGUGAUUUCGGCCACACCGGGGUGCUGACUUCCACGGAUCCAAGUCACGAGGCAUGUGAUUACUCAUCAGCCGAAGAAGUAAAGAUAGAAAAGUCGGUGGCGGGAGACACGAUUAGAUUUUGUUUGUCUAGGGUGAUGAUUAUUGUAACAUUAAUUCAACUUUUGUUUGUAAUUUAAAUGGAAUUGCGGAGCAUUGGUGGGCCUCUUAAAUUUUUGUGUGUGUGUAGUCAUUGGAAGAAGGCCUCGUUUGUGUUGGUGUUUUCAGUAAAUUACCUUUUCCCCA